GUUCCUUGCCGCUUCAAACAUUUGGUAGAACGCCCAGAGUUGGAGUUGCCGCUUUUCAGAGAUGCUGACACGGGACAACGUUCGACAUCCCCCCGGUCUUUGCUUUCACUAUCGACUCAAAUGGCGGGUAUUAGUUCUCGGGGUUUGUCACUCGACUUCUCUGGUGAUGAUCGACUGUUCUGGUGAUCAGGCUUGAAGCAAUAUACCUCAGUUAUGACGAUUCUUUUCUGACGACGGUGUAUAUAUAUUCCUACGGCGGCACAAGUCGAACUCGAGAACUUGAUCAGAGAAUUCGUCGCGGAAAGGAAGCACCGUCGCGCUCAGCGACCGGCACGCUCCUCAUCUCGGCCAAGUCAGAAACUCAAGGCCAUCGAGGGACUUCGCAAAACGAUGGCCUUCUUCCAGCCCUCUGACUGGCACGAGGGUGAAAAGGCCAUUCACAAACGGACAGGAGUCGAAUAUAAUGACAACCCGACAUCUCCAUUUCUCUACCCCCGUGCGGCAAACCAAGUUGCCCGCUACCCACUCCUGGCGGUGGGCACCCUUGACAGUGACGACAACCCAUGGUGUACCAUCUGGGGAACGGGCGAGCCGCCCAUCGCACAAGCAAUCGGUCAAAGUAUCCUAGGCAUCCGCACAGCCGUUGAUGCAUCGUUCGACCCCGUCGUCCAGGCCCUAUACCAAGGCAAAUCCGACGGCGAAGUUCUGCGGGAGGAAGGUACCAGUCGUCUCAUCAGUGCGAUGACCAUUAAUCUUGAAGAACGAGGCCGUGUCAAGCUAGCAGGCCACCUAAUAGCCGGUGCGCUCAAUACUUCUACCUCUCCAGACGACUCCGUCCAGGACCCUUCAACCGGCAAAGCAGGAGAGGCCCAACUGGUGACCAAAAUCACCAUGGCACUGGCCAACUGCCCGAAAUACCUCAACAAGAAAAUCAUCACAUCCGCGACCCCGACGCCGAAACUGCUAUCUACAUCUGCCCAUCUCACCGACGCCGCCCUCGCCAUCAUCGCAAAAUCCGAUCUCUUCUUCCUCGCCACCUCGCACGAACACGAAGACAUGGACUGCAACCACCGUGGCGGCCCACCUGGAUUUGUGCGAGUCGAGCAACCCUCGUCCCCCUCCUCUCCCAGCUCCAUCAUCUGGCCCGAAUACUCAGGCAACAACCUCUACCAGACGCUCGGCAAUCUCGAAACCACGCCUCGCGCGGGUCUGGUCUUCCCCGACUUCUCGACGGGCGACGUACUCUACGUCACAGGCGAAACAACCACUCUCGUCGGCGCCGAGGCGUCCAACGUUCUGGCCAAGUCGACGCUCGCCGUGCGUCUGAACGUCACGGCCGCAAGGCUUGUCCAGACCGGCCUUUCCUUCCGAGGCACACCCUCCAACGACGCCACUCAGGGCCUGUCACCCUACAAUCCGCGCGUGCGGUACUUGUUGUCCGAGCACAACGACCCUACCACGAACGUCGAGGCGGGAUCUUCCCCGCCGGCGAACGCCUCCCUCGUGGCCAAGACCCGUCUCACACCCACCAUCACUCGCUACCGUUUCGCCCUGGACGACCCUGGCGUUUUCGGGCCGUGGAAGCCGGGACAGUACGUCACGCUGGACCUCUCGUCCGAACUGGACAUGGGUUACAGCCACAUGCGCGACGACGACCCGACGAGUCUGAACGACGACUUCAUCCGCACGUUCACCGUCUCCAGCGUCCCCGGCACCCUGGGUGCCCACGGGGAGGAAUUCGAAAUCACGGCUCGCUCGGUGGGAAGCGUGACGAAGUGGCUCGAACACCAACGCCCGGGCACGUGUGAAGCCGGCGUCCGUGGGUUCGGCGGGGAUUUUGUAUUCGACUGGGGAGACGAUGGUGACCAAAAAAAGCGUCGCGUCGGCUUCGUCGCGGCAGGGAUAGGCAUCACUCCACUUCUGGGCCAGAUGGGGGACAUUACUGAAGAGAUCAUCGCGUCUUCGCGGCUCGAGGUGUGGUGGAGCCUCGGCCUCAAAGAUGUGAACCUGGCACUGGACAUUCUACAGACGUACCCGCGGCUGAGCGGCGCGAUGGAGUUGUUCGUGACGGGUACCUCGGAGGCGGAAACGGACCCGGCGGGGACGACGGACAAACUCGUCGCGACCGGCGUCACCGUCCACAAGAGGAGACUCGGUCGGGAAGAUUUGAGACGUGCCGCCGGCGGCGUGGACGACUGGUACAUUUGUACCGCCCCGGCCAUGAGAAAGGUCGUCCAGGGUUGGAUGCCGGACAAAUCUUUUGUCUUUCAAAAUUUCGAUUACUGAGUCGUAGCCAUGUCCGGUGUUUCGUGUACCAAAAGGGAUGCUGUUGUUUGUAUACAAUAUGUAUAUGUAUAAACAUCCAGAAAGUUGAAACACUCAACACAAUAAACGUGUUAAUUCUCACGUACCCAACUUUUUUGAGUCCAGAAACGUCUCUCCCCGUCUUUUGGACCUGAU